UUAUGCCACAUAAAUGCUGUGUUGCAACAUGCAAAGGAAAUUAUAAGAAUGGCCCGAAGGUGGCUGUAUUUAGUUUUCCUACGGAAGAACAACUGAGAAAACAAUGGAUUUGGAACUGCAAACGAAAAGAUGGAUUCAAGCCUACGAAACAUUCAAAGGUGUGUGAACUUCACUUCAAGCAAGAGGAUGUUCUGAGGCAAACUGAAUUCUUUGAUGAGAAAACUGGAAAGAAGAUCAUUAUACCAUUGUCAUAUCCUCGUUUAAAGAAUGGUGCAAUUCCAAGUCUGUUUCCUGAUGGUCCGAGUCAUCUUAGUUCCAGUGUUUCAUCAAGGGAAUCACCAGAGCAUAAAAGACUCAAAAGAGAACAAGAUGCACUCGAAAAAGCCUUAGCCUGUAGCUUAGCUGAAAAGGAAGAGUAUGAACGAAAACAAAUGUUUUAUAAUUUAGAUGAACUAAAAAUUUGUUUUAAUACUGUGAAUUUACCAGAUAACUGGAUAGUUAUACACAGGCCUAUACAUACUAUGAUUCUUAAUAUUUCUAAUGACAAUCAUCCAAGAAUUCUAAAAUCAUUAUUGAUUGAUUGUAAUUUGAAUAUAUCUGUAGCAAUUAGAAAUAUACCUAUUAAAUCACUGAAGCAAUAUGUAAUCCCAUCAAAAAUUAACAACCUUAAAGAUCUUUUAAGUAUUUUAGAGAAAUUAGACCUAUUUGCCUCAAAUGAUUCAUCUGAAGACAGUAUUCAAAAUUAUUUACAAAUUGUAAAUGAAUUAAUGACAAUUUUAAAAGAGAAAAUUCCACAUAAAAACAAUGAAAUAAAUUUUCUCGUUGAGCAACUAUCAAACUUGAAUUCAGAAAAACAACAAUAUAGGUAUUCUGCAGACUUUCUAAUAUUUUCCACUUUACUUCACACAAUUUCACCACAUGCAUAUAAUUUUAUUCGAAAUUCAGAAAAUAUUAUUAUGCCUCAUCCACGGACCAUUCAGAAAAUUUUUUCAGAUUUUAAUAUAUAUCCAAUAAAUGAACAAUACAACCAAAAGUUCCUAAGCUACAUAAAAUUUAAAUUUCAAGAACUAUCAGAAAAAGAUCUGCUUGUUAUUUUAAUGAUUGAUGAAAUUCAUCUAAAUCAAGCAUUUGAUUAUAAAGGUGGUAAUUUGUGUGGAAUGGCAUAUAAUUGCAAAAAUGCUGCAUCUAGUGCAUAUGUUUUCAUGAUUCGCAGCCUAUUAUCUGUUUAUAAGGAUGUUGUACAUAUUUUGCCGGUGAAAAACACUUAG